UUGGUUGUAUUAGGAGGCUGUCGCUGCAAAACUACAAGUCCCAGAAUGCAUUUCAUGAGCACAAGCCUUGCUUUCCAUAGCUUCCUAACUAAGUUAACCAAGGUGGAGCAAAAGGCCCCACCCCCAAAAAUCAAGCUAUGGGAUUGGAGUUUGAGUUCAGUAAGGGUGGGGCCGGAAUUUACCUUUGUACUCCAGGCUGGUCUGGGUUGGUGGUGCCUGGCUGGGUGUGUCCAGAACUGCCUGCCAUCCUGACACGUCUCAGAGCUGCUGCCAGAUUACUAUGCUGCUUGUGACUCCUGCUUCCCCACAAGGGCCCCUGUGCUAGUCACAAGAUCUUUACUACCCAACUACAAGCAGGGUUCCAUGGACAGCCACCAUGGCCUCUGGGCUGGCAGAAGAGUCUGAACCAAGUCCUGGGGAGUCUGAACUGGCUGUGAACCCCUUUGAUGGGCUCCCCUUCUCUUCCCGCUACUAUGAGCUGCUUGAGCAGCGGAGAGCCUUGCCCAUCUGGGCUGCUCGCUUCCUGUUCUUGGAGCACUUGGAGAGUAGCCCCACUGGGGUGGUGCUGGUGUCUGGGGAGCCCGGCUGUGGCAAGAGCACCCAGAUUCCUCAGUGGUGUGCAGAGUUUGCACUGGCCAGAGGAUUCCAGGCUGGCCCGGUUACAGUCACCCAGCCCCACCCUCUGGCAGCCAUGAGCCUGGCUUCAAGGGUGGCUGAUGAGAUGGACCUGACUCUGGGUCAUGAGAUUGGGUACAGCAUCCCUCAGGAAGACUGCACUGGGCCCAACACCAUGCUCAGGUUCUGCUGGGACAGGCUGCUUCUACAGGAAGUAGCCUCAACCCGGGGCCCCGGAGCCUGGAGUGUGCUGAUUCUGGAUGAGACUCAGGAGCGCUCAGUGGCCUCAGAUUCACUGCAGGGGCUCCUGCGAGACACCAGACUGAGAAACCUUCCAGGGGACCCCCGAGUGGUUGUGGUUACCGACCCAGCCCUUGAACCCAAACUCCAAGCUUUCUGGGGCAAUUCUCCUAUUGUGAAUGUACCCAGAGUGCCUGGUGGAAAUCCCACCCUUAUCUACAAGGACACUGUCCCCACUGACCUAGUGAAAGCUGCCUGCCAAGCUGUGCUUGAGCUGUGUCGGCAGGAAGAGGCCCCUGGAGAUGUGCUGGUGUACCUGCCCAGUGAGGAGGAAAUUUCCCUGUGCUGUGAAGCCUUGUCCAGGGAGCUGGGGAUGCUGGCUGUCCAAGGCUCCCCACCGCGGGUGCUGCCCCUCCACCCAGGCUGUGGUCAAGCCAUCCAGGCAGUAUAUGAGGGCACAGACAUGAGUGUCCGGACGAUCGUGGUCACUCACUGGCUGGCGGAUUUCUCCUUCUCCCUCCCUUCCAUCCAGCAUGUCAUUGACUCGGGACUGGAACUUCGGAGUGUUUACAAUCCUCGGAUCCGGGCAGAAUCCCAGGUGUUGAGACCAAUUAGCAAAUGUCAGGCAGAGGCAAGACUGCUUCGGGCAAGGGGUUUCCCACCAGGAUCCUGUCUCCGCCUGUACUCUAAGACCAUUCUAGAACUAGAGGCUCCCCCACUGCCCUACCCUAAAUUGUGUGAAGAGAAUCUGAGCUCCCUGGUGUUGCUCCUAAUGAGGAAACAGAUUGCAGAACCAGGGGAGUGCCACUUCCUGGAUCGGCCUGCCCCAGAAGCACUGAUGCAGGCCCUGGAAGACUUGGACUAUCUGGCUGCCCUGGAUGACGAUGGGGACCUGUCGGACCUGGGAAUCAUCCUGUCGGAAUUUCCCCUGCCCCCUGAGCUGGCCAAAGCCCUGCUGGCCUCCUGCGAGUUUAACUGUGUGGAUGAAAUGCUCACUCUGGCUGCCAUGCUCACUGCUGCUCCUGGGUUCACCCGUCCUCCCCUGUGUGCAGAGGAAGCUGCUUUGCGUCGGGCCCUGGAGCACGCCGAUGGCGACCACAGCUCUCUGAUCCAGGUUUACGAAGCCUUUGCACAAAGUGGAGCAGAGGAGGCUUGGUGUCAGGCUCGGGGUCUAAACUGGGCAGCAUUGUGUCGAGCCCGGAAACUCAGAGCAGAGCUCCUGGAACUCAUGCACCGGAUAGAGCUGCCAGUGUCCCAGCCAGCCUUUGGCUCGGAGCAGAAUCGCAAAGACUUUCAGAGAGCACUGCUGUCAGGAUACUUCCUCAAGGUGGCCCGAGACACAGAUGGGACUGGAAAUUACCUGCUUCUCACCCAUAAACACGUAGCCCAGCUGUCCUCAUCCUGCAGCUACCGAAAUCGCAGGGCUCCAGCCCAUCCCCCCGAGUGGGUGCUGUACCACAGCUUCUCCAUAUCCAAAGACAACUGCCUCUGCGUUGUCUCUGAGAUUCAACCCGAGAUGCUGGUGGAGCUAGCCCCUUCGUACUUCCUGAGUAACCUGCCCCCCAGUGAGAGCAGAGACCUCCUGAACCAGCUGAGAGAAGAAGCUGCAGAGCCAUCUGCUGAGCCUGAAUCUUCCUCUCCCCGGGAGUAUGGUGAUGGCUGUGCUCUGCAGUGAGCUGCUUAAGGAAUGGAGCCAGCCUCACCGUGCAGCACCAAGGCAGUCAGGCAGACUUAGAGAUCCAAAGCGUAGGGUCAGAUGAACUCCCUGAACCCAUAGGGCCUGUCUGUGGGCAAGGGAGCAAAUGCUGGGCCUCACGCAACCUUGCACUCUCCUUAGGACUAUAAAAGAUUUUUCUAUGA